AUGGUUCAUGUCAACUUGUUUAGAAAAUGGGUGUUCGGAAUUCUUAUUUUCAUUUUGGUCCUGAUUGCUUAUCUGUGGAAGGAAACAUGGAAAGGAAUUUACAUCUCCAUAAAAACAGAAAGCCAAACUGAUCAUCUGCAGCAGUGGAAAUGGAUUACAAUGAAAUCAGGAAUGGGCCAGAAUAAAACUGUCAAUAGCACAGGCAAAGUCACUUUGUCUAACAAAGUAUCCCAGGUUAAAUUUAAUCAUAUCUAUAAGCCGAAGAAAAUCACAGUCUGGAACAAGUAUAGUUCUUCCCAAUUUCUUCACCCUAGACUCCAAAUGGCAAGAAAGUAUUACUUAAAAAUGAACAGAUUUCAUGUGAAAUACACUGGACCAAAGAAUGUUGCUAAACUCAGCCCAGAGCAAGUGUUGUGCCAGCUUCAGCAAAAAAUAGACUUUAGGAUGAUAAUUGCAUCUGAUGCCCCUUUUAAUACACCUGAAUGGGAGACAUACCUGCCUAAGAAAAAUAUCAGCACGGAACUGGGCAAGCUAGGCCAAUGUGCAGUUGUAUCCUCUGCAGGAUCUAUUAAGCAGUCACAUUUGGGAGCAGAAAUAGACAGCUAUGAUGCAGUCCUGCGGUUUAAUGAGGCCCCUAUCAAAGGGUUUCAGGUAGAUGUUGGUGAGAAAACUACAAUACGUCUUGUUAAUUCUCAGUUCCAGAAUAUUUCAAUAGUAGCCUUCUUCAGAAUUGCAAUGCCUCAAACUGCACUGCAAUUCUAA